UCCAGAUCGCUCUCCCUCAUUGCACACUUCAUUGCUCUCUCUGUCUCUCCCUCCCUUCCUUUGCUUCUCCCCCCAUUUCCUGCUUUGUUUCCUCAUCUCUCCUUGAGAGACAUCUCACUCCCACUCCCAGCCAGGAUCUGCAGGCAAUCCCUCCAAGGAAAUGGCUUCCAAACAGAAAAUGGGCUACAAGUGUCGAAUAGCAACGGUGUUUCUUCUGCUGUUGGCCAGUAUCGCUGCCCUUGUCGCUGUUGCAGUCAUCCAAGAUGCCUGGAAAGCUGAAGAGUACGGCAUGGAGUAUGGCAUAGUGAUAGACUCGGGUUCAUCUCGUUCCAAUAUAUUCGUGUAUCAGUGGCCCGGGGACAAGCAGAAUGAAACAGGAAUAGUAACAGAACUGAAGAACUGCAGAGUUGAUGGUUCUCCCAUCUCAGAAAUUAAAGUUGACCCCAAGAAAGAUGCUAAAACUUUGGAUGGCUUCAGAAAAUGCAUGAAAGAGGUCAAAGAAAUGAUCCCGUCUGAGAAACAUCGUACGACCCCUCUCUUUCUGGGGGCCACUGCUGGAAUGAGACUGCUACAUGAAAAAGAUGAACAGAAGUCGAAUGAAGUUCUGGAAAGUCUCAGAGAGUACCUGGGUUCGCUGCCCUUCAUGUUCCAAAAUGCCUCCAUCAUCAGCGGGCAGGAAGAAGGACUGUAUGGAUGGAUCACGGUCAACUACCUGAUGGGAAACUUAUUCCAUGGGAACUUGUGGAACAAGUAUUUACACCCGGAGGGGGCGGAGACGGUGGGUUCCAUGGAUCUCGGCGGAGCGUCCACACAGAUUGCCUUUGCCAUCCCGGAAGCUCAGAGUGGGCCUGACUACAUGUAUGUCAAGCUGUAUGGUUACGAUUACUUCGUCUACACGCACAGUUACCUCUGCUACGGCAAAAAUGAGGCUGAGAAGAGAGUACUGGAUAAGAUAGUUCAGAGCUCCUCCAACCCGUCCUACAUAGAGAACCCCUGCUACCCCCAAGGUUUCAACGUCACGCUGAAGGCCUCAACAAUUUACGACACAGAAUGCACCACGAAACCCAAAAACUACAACCCGGACCAGGAUUUGUUCUUGGUCGGUACCCCCGACUCCGAAGUGUGUGGAGACAUAGUGAAGUCCAUAUUCGACUUUAAGACCUGCUCCUCAUCACAUUGCGGCUUCAACGGGGUCGAGCAGCCGCCGGUCAGAGGAGACUUUCUGGCCUAUGCUGGAUAUUUCUACAUUGCCAGGGCUGUGCUGAACGAAGGCCUGACAGACUUCAGUGACUUCAACGCUUCCAUUAACACUUUCUGCCACACAGAGUGGACACUGCUGAAAAAGCAGAAGGAUUGGAUCUCUGAAAGAUACCUCAGGACUUACUGCUUCGCAGCACACUACGUCUUCACUCUGCUGGCGGACGGAUACAAGUUUGAUGAAGAGACUUGGAAAAAUAUAAACUUUACACAACAGGUAAAAUCCACCAAUAUAGGCUGGAGCCUGGGCUACAUGCUCAGCAUGUCCAACAUGCUCCCGUCCGAGGUGAAAGUCAUCCCCCCCAUGACGAACCCCCUCUUCGCCGGCCUCAUCUUCCUCUUCUCUGCUUUAACCAUCGUAACUGUAGUUGCCGUUUUCAUCUUCCUCAUCCGGGCCUGCUACUGAGCGGCGGCGCUGCGGAGCCAGCGGUUCGUCCCUCGUGGCUGUGGGUCUCCUUCAGAGCAUGUAUUCAGGCAAAUGUUUUUGUAAACUACUAACGCAAACGUUCGGCAUGAGCCAUUAACUGCCUUCUGUCUCAAAUCUGACAUUUUCGCUGCGUUCAGAUGUGAGAUUGGAAAAAAAAAAAGGACAGGCGCUUCUCAAAACGUUACAAUACAAAUGGAAGAGUUCGUCUCAUUCAAACAGUAAAAUUUUUAUAUGUAUUUUUUAGAUUUCUUGUAAAAUUUUAACAGUGUUUUUGUUUUGUUCUUGACAAGUUUACUUUAUAAGUGAAGAGACUUACACUCUCUGGAGCUACGUUUUUUUUUUAUACCAACAAGCUUUCGUCUUCCUUUAAAUGUGUUUCCAUCAUUUUGAAGCUGUAAAUUUGAGUGAUGCACUUUCCUCUGAUAUUGUACAUUUUUGAGAUGUCCCUGUAAACACACUUUUUUUUUUUUUUUUUUGGACCUCAGGGAAGCUAACAUUGAUUUCUGUGCCUACUUGAGCGUGAUGAACAUGUAAGUGACGACUGGCAUUGAUGUCCACGCCCUUGUUAUUUUGUAACUGUGUAAUUUUAAGCUUUUUUUUUUAAAUCUCAAAAUGAGAUCAUCCUGUUUAUGUACAUCCACUCCAGGGCUCACAUGCAUCCAAGGCAUGAGUUGUUUUCUGACCUCGUGAUUGUGUUUUCCUCCAUCUGUUAUACAUAUAAAAAAACACAGAAUGUGUCUUUAAAGUGGUUUUUCAUCUGACUUGCGAACUCAUUUGGUUCAUAAGACUUGCUUAAUGAGCCGUUCCCCCCCUUUUUUUUAAUGACUGUGUUAAAUGAAUUUGCAUUAUCAGAUUACAACAAACUACUGCGAGUUCAUUUAGCCUACUUAUUACUUAUUGGCCUCGUGUGUGAUAUUAGGAAAACAGCUUUUGUUUGACAAAUAAUAGCUAUUCAGUUGGAUAAGAUACUUAAGAAAACUGCACCGUGAUGAAAUGUUGUAAAAUUCUGUCAUCCGGACCGCGUUAGUUCCAAUCAAUGAAACUACAAUUUGCAUUUACAAAGAACAAACAGCUUCAGUCACACCAUGCUCAUUACUGACUCCCUCAUGUUGUGUCGGCUGCAUUAGUUUUGGAAAUUUAGCACAAACUACUGAAGUACAUUCCAUAAAAAAAAGCUUGACCAAAAAGGAGAUAAAGUCAAAGUUUUAGAUAGAAAAGUUUACAAAUACAUUGGAACCGUGCUCAGGAAAUAUAUUCUAUUGUUUAUCACAAUUCAAUCUGCUUUGAUUAUGAUUAUUAGAAUUUCUUCACUUCAAAUGGAAUCAAGUGUGGCUCUGGUCUCCCAAGAGGGGGCGCCAGAGAGCUUCAGGGGGAGGUUUGUUUUCAACACACACAAAAAAUAAAUAAAUGGAGGGUAAAACUACACAUAAAUGUUCUUUUUAAUUAAACCACAUUUGUGUGACAGUCAUGACUUGAUGUAAAGAUUUAGCGUCCUUUGAUAUCGUCACCAAUCAGCCUUUCACAACAAAAGAGCAUUCCGGUAUGAAGGGACUGCAAACAGAAAAAAGCAUGAGAAUAAUUGUUCACUUUUGUGUCUUUUUAAACUUCCUCCUCGCAACGUAUUCAAUUCAAGAAGUGUUUUGAAAAAUACUGAUGUCAAUGUCAUGAAGAAAUCUAUGCACGGGUGUUUGAUGCACUGACUGUACUCGUCUCUUUAAAUAAACGUACCUACUGACUGCAUCACUUGCUGCUGCUUAAUGUUAAAAAUUCAUUUCCCUCAGCUUGUUUUCAAUUUGACACUAAAAUCACAGAUUUAAACCUGUUUAAUUAAUCAAUGAAAGUAAUAUGAAAGAAAAACCUGCCUGUUUGAUAAGGAAUGUUUGUUUUAUCUGUCAGUUGGCCAACUUGAAUUUCCCUGGAGCCAUGCUUACAACUGUACACUUCCCUCACACACACAUUCACACCAGUAGCGCCCUCUAGUGGUGAUAAGCGGCAGUUGCAGAAUAUUCAAAGUGAGCAUGGACGUUUAGAUUUUUUUUUUUUUAUUGAAAGUUUUGUCUAAAAAGAAAACAAAACAAAACAAAAAAAUCAAAAAGAAGGACAUUUGAAACUACAGCAAUAUCCACUGGUUCUACAGACACUCUCGAAAUCACAAAUCUGAAAGACAUGGGAGGCAUGUGACCAAGCAAAUAAAAAAAUAGCAUCAUCAAAGUUAUUUCUGUUGCAUCUUCUUUUACACACCUGUACAAAAAA